AUGGAGCCAGACAAGACGAUGUUGAUAACAGCUCUCUUUGAAAUUCUUGGGUACCACCCGGGGCCACGUAAAGAGGACUUAGAGAAAGACCUCCAAAAAUUCCUCCUGAACUACCAGGCCUCAGGCAAUCCAAUUCCUUGGACUCAAGACCUAUCGACUGAAGCCGUGGAUUGUGCCUCGUCAUUCCUACAUGAAGGACAACGCGCCGAGAAGUAUUGGCCGGCAACUUUCAGAAAUGUUGUUUCUUGGCCAACUGAUCGCAAGUGGUGA